CCCGUCGGGGCCGCGCCGGGCAAUGAGGCCGGGAGCGGAGCCGCGAGCCUGACGCCUUGUGAGGACGGCAAUGACAAGUCUGAACGGUAGCCAUGCAGAGAAAACCGGUGACAUGCCCAAGCCAACAGCGCCCAAGGUGCAGGUCCAGCGGUCCGUUUCCCGGGAGACCAUCACCAUUCACUUCUCGGCCUCUGGGAAGGAGGAGGAAGAGGAAGAGGAGGGGUUUAGGGAGCCCCCCAGGGAGGAGGUAGAUGACCAAAGCAUUGUAACCGGCCUCGAAGCGAGGGAAGACCUUGACUUUGACCUUGGUGGCCAUGACUUUGCAGGGCCUGCUACCUCGCCUUAUCUGGCAGCAGAGUCCCUAGCUUCAUCUCCUGCCAUUUUACCUGUCACCGGGGACACUGUAGAGCUGUUGGAGCCCUUUCCUCCGGCUGCCCAAAUAUUCAGUACGGUGCCAUCGGCCCUUUUGCAGGCAUCUUCCCCUCCUGCUCCCCUAGCUAGCUCCCCCAGCGUGUCCUCGCUGUCCGAGCAGAAAACCGGUUCUCCUUCCCCGUUGUCCUCGCCUUCCAAGUCUCCUGUCCUCUCCUCCAGUGCCUCUUCCUCCACCCUCUCCAGCGCAAAACCCUUCAUGAGCCUUGUCAAGUCCUUCUCGACCGAUGUAGAGCCAAAAGACUCGCCGUCACCCCUGAGGCACAGGCACUUGAUGAAGACUCUAGUGAAGUCUCUGUCCACAGACACUUCCAAGCAAGAAUCGGACACUGUGGCCUACAAGCCCCCCGACUCCAAACUGAACCUGCACUUGUUCAAGCAGUUCACUCAGCCACGCAACACGGGGGGAGAUUCCAAAACCGCUCCCUCCUCUCCGCUGACGUCUCCCUCGGAACCUCGCUCCUUUUUUAAAGUGCCCGAAAUGGAGGCGAAAAUAGAAGACACUAAACGGCGCCUGUCCGAAGUCAUAUAUGAACCUUUCCAACUCCUCAGCAAAAUUAUGGGUGACGAAAGCAGCAGUCACAGGCCAAAAGCCUUAUCUUCGAGUGCUUCGGAACUCUCCAAUCUUUCCAGCUUAAACGGUCAUUUGGAAAGCAAUAACAAUUACAGCAUUAAAGAAGAGGAGUGUGAUUCAGAGGGGGACUGUUAUGGAAGCGACUCCAACAUCAGUAAAAAUGACUCCACGAAGCCUGCUGAGGAUGUGGCCCAAGAAACCUCUCACUCAAGCAGCACAAAGGAUGUGAAUUUGAAGGUUUCCCUGGCGCUUGAAAAAUGUUCCAUGUCCGCCUUGGCGAGCAGAGAGGUUGAGGAAUUUUGUGAGCUGUACCCCGAGGACUUUGAUCUGGAUACUGAGGAGGAAAACAGAGGGGAUAAACCCGCAGACACGUCUUCCAAGUCACAGAUGCGUGAGGAAAACGGUGGCGUUCUUGAGAGUGAAGAUGAAGAUGACCUAUGUGUGCCACAGCCUAAAUUACCAAUGAAGACAUUGUAUUUAUUUAUAAUGCUAGUCUAUGCCUACUUUAUAAUCCCUCUUCCAAGCUAUGUGAGUGGACUCUUUCUAGGCGUUGCCCUUGGAUUUAUGACUGCAGUUUGUGUAAUUUGGUUUUUUACACCACCAAGUGCUCGGAAAUACCCCAGGUUAUAUAAAAAUAUGAAACGCGGGAAAACAGGACAUCUGGAUAUCAAAGAGCCUGAAAUACUGAAGGGUUGGAUGAAUGAGAUUUACAAUUAUGAUCCAGAAACUUAUCAUGCGACUUUGACCCAUUCGAUCUAUGUACGACUUGAAGGAGAAACCUUAAGGCUUUCAAAGCCCAACAAAAAUAUAUCCAGACGAGCCAGUUUCAACGAGCCAAAGCCUGAGGUCACUUACAUCAGCCAGAAGAUAUAUGAUAUUUCAGAAAGCAAGAUUUAUCUCGUUCCCAAGAGUUUGGCUCGUAAGCGAAUCUGGAACAAAAAAUACCCAAUUUGUAUUGAACUUGGUAAACAAGAUGACUUUAUGUCUAAAGUCCAGGCGGAUAAAGAUGCCUUGGAAGAGAAGUCGCCAGCUGAGAGGGAUUCAGGAAGCGAUGACCAAAAGAAACUUCUGGACGGAGGAAAAUCUACAAGCCAGAAAGAUCAAAUCCUCUAUCUCUUUGGGAGGACAGGUCGGGAGAAGGAGGAGUGGUUCAGAAGAUUUGUUCUUGCUUCCAAGCUGAAAUCUGAAAUGAAGAAACCACUCAGCCUUUGUGGAAACAAGCCAGGGUUCUUGCCGACCCACAGCAGACACAGUAGCCAGUCUGGGAACCUAAGUCACAGCCGCAAUAGCAGCAAAGGCAGUGUCGAAGAAUUCAUGUCUCCGGCUAAGCAAAAAGAGCUGACGGGUGCUGUGCGGCAGAAAAUGCUUCUGGACUACAAUGUGUACAUGGCCAAAUGCAUCCCACGGGAAAAUAGAAGCCCCAAAGUUAGCCCAGUUCAGAGUGCGGAGAGCAGCCCUACAGCUGGGAAAAAGUUGCCAGAGGCCCAAGCCCCUGAAGAGGAAGAACAGGAGGCCUGGGUCAAUGCCUUGGUUGGAAGAAUAUUUUGGGACUUUUUGGGAGAGAAAUAUUGGACUGAUCUAGUGUCGAAGAAAAUCCAAAUGAAACUCAGUAAAAUAAAGCUCCCGUACUUCAUGAAUGAGCUAACUCUAACAGAACUCGACAUGGGAGUGGCUGUGCCAAAGAUCCUUCAGGCCUUCAAGCCUUAUGUUGAUCACCAAGGACUCUGGAUUGACUUGGAAAUGUCUUACACUGGGUCUUUUCUGAUGACUCUGGAGACCAAAAUGAAUUUGACCAAACUGGGUAAAGAGCCUCUGUGUGAAGAACUCAAAGUUGGAGAAAUUGGCAAAGAAGGAUCCAGGCCGAGGGCUUAUUGUCUCGCCGACAGCGAUGAGGAGUCUUCCAGCGCCGGCUCCUCCGAUGAAGAUGAUGCCCCAGAAGUGACCACAGGCGAUAAACCCUUCGCUCCUGGAGCUGAAGGGUAUGUUGGAGGUCACCGAACCAGUAAGAUAAUGAGAUUUGUAGAUAAAAUCACCAAGUCAAAAUACUUUCAAAAGGCAACUGAGACGGAGUUCAUUAAAAAGAAGAUCGAAGAAGUCUCCAAUACGCCGCUGCUGCUAACGGUCGAAGUUCAAGAGUGUAAAGGAACCCUGGCCGUCAACAUUCCGCCCCCGCCAACUGACCGAAUAUGGUAUGGUUUCCGAAAGCCGCCGCAUGUGGAACUGAAAGCUCGGCCAAAACUUGGGGAGAGAGAAGUGACUUUAGUCCAUGUGACUGAAUGGAUAGAGAAGAAACUGGAGCAAGAGUUUCAAAAAGUUUUUGUCAUGCCAAACAUGGAUGAUGUUUAUCUCCCUGUAAUGCACUCGGCCAUGGAUCCUCGCUCUGCUGCCUGUCCGUUCAAAGAGCCGCUCCCGGAGGCUGCUGAACAACUGUGAAUGUGAAGACUUGCCGUCUACAGUAUUAAAUGAAAUUUGAUUUCUAGGUUUUUAGUUCUCUUUGCUCUGUGUCGUAGUCUUUUCCUUAACUUGGGCCACAGGUUUUGCUUCCCCAAGGAGGACUGCUGCUGUCAUCCCUUUGCUCUGCUUACCUGUUCCACCACAGCAGGCCUUCAGGUUUCAAGCGGAUGGAUUAGCCGCUGUCGAGCUUUGACGGUUGGCAAAGGUGAAUGAGGGAAGCUGAUCACGAUAGAUCAUAAGUUUAAGGAUCCCAAAAUAUGGGAUGUGUCAUCCUCAUUCCACUAGAGAUGUUACUUUGGUGGCGAGGAACGGCCACCUUGUACUUUACAAUUGAGCUAAAGUACAAGAGGAAAGUUGUCCACUUGAAAGCUCUAUCCUCCCUCUUCUAUUGCUUUUCCUCUGACAGCUAGAGGUGCCUAGUUAAACCUUUUUUUUCCACUCCUGUGGCCAAUUGAGCUAAAGUACGAGAGGAAAGUUGUCCACUCGAAAGCUCUAUCCUCCCUAUCCUAUCGCUUUUCCUCUGACAGCUAGAGGUGCCUAGUUAAACCUUUUUUUUCCACUCCUGUGGCCAAGCGGGCGACGUUGUGCAAUCUCAGCCCACCGCUCUCCCGAAAGAAUGUAAAUCAGACGGGAGUAUUGAGUGAAUGAUUUCACUGGAUGCAGAAAAGAGGAUAUGCAUUGUUUUUUUUUUUCAUACUAACUAGUGCAUUUUGGAAGCAAGUAGCCAUACUACAUACAAAAAACACUUUACACACUAUCUGUUGGGGGUGGGAAUGGUAGGGUUUUGUGAAACACUUAGGCAAAGCCAUGAGAUCAGACCAUACCAAGCCAAGUACAGUGCUCCGCACACACCGCUCAGUAAAUACGAUAGAUACCAAGCCUUUUGCCAGUGAGGUACAAUCACCGUGGUUUGUGACUAGUCCUGAAUGUUUGUGAGACAUGAGCACACGUGAAAAUGUCUAACACCGCACACACUGUCCAGAAAUAAUAAAUUGUCACACUUGUCGGCGGAGCCUUCUCAGUAGAGGCCGAAGGGGAGUGGGACAAUCCUGUGGGUCUCUUUAAUGAUUUCCCAGCCAUGAUUUUAUUUCUGGAAGUUUUAUAUAGGAGUUAAAAUGCUUAUUGAAAUUUAUGCUUAUGUAAACUGGUCCACGAUAAUGUUAAGAACAGUUUCCAUUUCCAAAUAGUGGCCAAAAUGGAAAGAAGCUGUUACUUAUCCUGUUGUAAAAUUCAAGACCAAAAGUUUGCAGAAUUCUUGGAAACACUAUGUAUCUGAUCAUGCACAUUUGUGACUUUUUCUUCUGAUGCUCAGUGUUGCCAAUUUUAUUUGUGCAUCUGUGUCAGAAUGUUUAGUUUACAAAUAAGGGGAGGUUUAGGCUCCCUUUAAUUGUAUCAUUUGCUUUAAAGUAAUUUGGGGGGAGUUUUUUUGUAUUGUGUUCAAAAGCUGCAUUCGAGGCAAAUCGACAUUACUUUGUGCAACUUUUGAUAAUUUACCAUGUCUAGACAAAGCUAAUAGUGAAGGUUUUUUAAACAGCACCUUGCCUAAAGCAUAAAAAGCAUUUAAUAUAUUGAAAGAAAUAUUUGAACACUUAUUUUUGGUUACUUUCAAUUGCAAUAUUAUAUUUGACUAAAUUUAUAUUUGACCAUUCCAGUUUGUGUACUGUUAUUUUUCAUUAUGUCGGCACCCUUUGCCUUUCACAGAAGCCGCAUGUCUCGUUCACAGGAUCUUUAUGAUUUAAUAUUUGUGCAAUAACUAAAGUCAAAGAACUUAGAUGCACUAGUGUGUAGGAUUACACAUGAAGGUAUCCUAUUGCACUUAAAUCAAGAUAGUAUGUAAGGAAUUACAAUCCGCUUGCAUUUGUUUUACAAAAUAAAUUUCUUGUCUAAUGUUAACAGCAUCUAAGUUAUUUUUACAUAACUGUUUAGACAAGUGUUUCAAUAAAAGCAGAUGGGAUGCAAUGUG